AUGACCUCUAAUAAAUUUGAUAAAAGCCCUUCAGGGGGAUCUAAGGAGGCAAAGCUACCUGUUCUCAGGGGCAAAAUUAACCUUCUCUUCUUCCUGAUAUUUCCCAUCGUGUUGUUUAAAAUUUUCUUUAAACAAAAAAACUUAGAAAAAAUGCCAUUUCUUAUUUUUUCAUUCUGCGCCGCAUUCAAUUUUUUGUCUAGUAUUGUUUUACAUUUGAGGAUAUGGGAGCAGGAAGAGUAUUCAGUAUUAAGAAGAAUAGAUUAUGCAGGAAUAUUUCUGAUGAUCGGUGCUGGCGGGAUACCUACUUACUCAUUACUGAUGACCAACGAUUUUAUGGUAAUUCUAGGAGUACUGCACUGGAUAUUGAUUUUUACAGGCGUAUUCUCGUCACUGUUGUUUAAUUUCUGCUACACAUCUAAAAGAGUCAGGUCAAUUGUCUACGUCCUCAUAUCGACACCCUAUUAUAUUCUAUUACCCAUGUUUUUAAGGUCAAAAUACCAUAAUGCCAUUGUUUCGCUCAUUCUAGGUGGUUUGAUAUACACACUAGGAGCGUUUGUAUACGGCUCUAAAUUUCCAAACUUGAUACCAGGAGUAUUUGAAUAUCAUGAACUGUUCCAUAUAUUCUGCUUGCUCGGAUUUUCAGGAGUUUCAAUGGCUAACUUUUUUAUUUGUAAAAACGAUAGAGCAACAGUACUUCAAAGGGUAUUUGGAUAG